AUGAAGCAGUAUACGGCGAAGAGCGUGGCGUCGCUGAGGCCCAGGUCGGGCUCGAUGCGGGGUAGCGGCACGUCGGGCGCGAGUUCUCGCGGCGAGGCAGCGCUCAUGGCGGGCGCGGCGCGAGGCCGCGGGCGCGGCGCGUGCGGGGCGAUCGUGGCGGCCGGCGCGGCCGGCUCAGCGCAUCCCAGCUGCGUGCGGCCGCGAGCUCGCCGCGCGCCACCAGCCUGCCGCGGCCCGCGACCCGCGCCGUACCACGCCGCAGCUAUCGAUCGUAGCGACGCGCCUGCGCGCCGCUCACACGUCCACCAUAAGGAACGCCAGGUACACCACGAGGAAGAACCAAGGACAAAAUAG